UUAGUUGGAAAAGGAUGCAGUUGACGACUGUGCCUAGAUAAGUCGAUCGUCAAAGAUCGGCUCUCUAAUACCGCCGCUGGGAGAACCGAAGCCUCAUUCCAUUGAAAUAAUUCCUCUGAUAUAGACUGUUCUUACUUCAGUGUUAAGAACGGGAAAGGGGAAAGGAGUAUAUACAGACAUCUGGGUUUCAUCUUCCUCGUUCAAGCGUCAAUGUCACUCCUCAAUCAACUCUUCAACAGAGGCGUCUUUGCGGGCAAAUGCAAAACUUGCUUGAGCUUGGCAAUCUCGCGGAUCAAGCUGCUGCAGAAUAAGAGGGAUCUACAGCUGAAGAAUAUGCGCAAGGAGAUCGCACAAUUCUUGCAGACGGGACAGGAACCAAUAGCUCGGAUUCGGGUGGAGCAUGUAAUACGGGAACAAAACAUAUGGGCAGCAUAUGAAAUUCUAGAGUUGUUUUGUGAAUUUGUUCUUGCUCGUGUCCCCAUCAUCGAAAGCCAGAAAGAAUGUCCAGUCGAACUGCGGGAGGCUAUUGCGAGCAUAAUAUUUGCUGCUCCUAGAUGUUCUGACCUUCCAGAUCUACUGCAGUUGAAGAAUUUGUUUGCUGUCAAAUAUGGGAAAGAAUUUGUCUCUGCUAUUUCUGAGCUUCGUCCUGACUCCGGUGUUAAUCGAUCAAUUAUUGAAAAGCUUGCAGUGAGUGCGCCUCCUGGAGAACUAAAGCUCAAGGUCAUGAAGGAGAUUGCAAAAGAACAUGGACUCGACUGGGAUUCUUCCUCCACUGCUUCUGAAUUUAGUAAAACCCACGAAGAUCUGCUGGGUGGACCAAAGGUAGUACAUGGAGCGGCAGCGUCUCAAGCUCCCUCUCAAUAUAGCUCGUCCAAUCCUUCCACUCCUUAUGGAGAAUCGCCCGUUGUGUCUGUUGUAGAAAAGCAAGAACCUGAAUGCCACCAUACAUUCACUCGAACCAGCAAUAGCGCAAGUGAUAUCAAACCGGGACCUAAGAAUUUUGAUGUCAAACCAGAAGUCGCUUCUAAAUUAGAUAUAAGACCACCUCCAUCUGAUGUAUUAGAGAAAGCCAGAGCUGCCAUUGCUUCAGCCGAACGUGCCACUGCAGCAGCCCGAGUUGCUGCCGAGCUAGCCAAUGUCAACCUUGGAGCAAUGAAGCUUGAAGGAGGAGGACAAGCUUCUGAGUGCUGAAGAGAAAAAGAAGGUAAUUGAUACAUUGUUUGAUACUGGACUGGUGCAUAAAUUGUGUUUGAAGUUAAUCGGGUGUCCAAAGAUUGAAGAGUGGAGAGUGGGUCAAUCCAUAAGUGAAACCAAAUCCGUGUAAUUAAUAGAGUUGCAAGGAAAAUUUAAUUCCAAGUAUUUGUAAAAUACUAAAAUUCUUUGGUGAUUAUGGUGAAGUUCUAAUGGUGCAGCAGUUUGAUAUAAAUGCAACAUUAGAGGAAAAUAAGUUUGCUU